GUGCCUCAUAUUUUUGCUUGCUCUAGCCGCCAUGGCUUUAUUUGAAUCGACCUGCAUCUCCUCAGAUAUCACCCCAGAAAAUGCUCUCGCGUUCUAUCGGGAGCAUGGUAUUUAUUAUCAAGAAAGUUCCACAAUCGGGAGCUUGGCCGAGAGUUUAGGUAGUCAGGCUCUUACGCGUGAUGGUAUGUCUGAAUUUUUCAAGUUGGUCGAAAAAGAUGAACGUGCUCACAAAAUCGUUCAGCCUUUCCUUGCUGGUAAUGUUCGCUUUUGGUUUACCCUCGGCGCCGAUCCUGGAAAGUUCUACGCAUCCACGAUAGAUCCGGACCAGGAUGACAAGAUUGUCGUUUAUAUGUGGCAACCCGCAACAAAUCUUGAGUUUUCUCACAAAUCCCACAUCGGGACUAACAAAGGAGCUGGAUCAUCAAACGGCUUGGUCCACAUUCCCUACUCCUUUUUAAAGAAGGUGAAGAAGCUUGAAGAAUACCCGGUGGAAAUGGAGAAGGGUGGCUUGCUAAUCGUCCAUCCACGGCUCGCAUUUAUGGUUUCUAGAGGGUUGGCAGCAGGAUAUGUCUUCCAGUCCACACAGACUGGCUCUCAAAUUCCCUCAUGACAUCAU